CUUGCCCCCAAGUGUUGUGGCUCUUAGGCGCUCUCGUCCGGAUGAGCCCUGCGCAACUCUGGGCUGCCAACUUUCCCUCUCCUGCUGCUUUCCCUCUUCUCCCUCCCUUGUUCCUCUUCCCCCUGCAAUCCUCACUUGAUCUCUUCCAUCAUUCCCUCGUUCCAUCACCAACACGCUCUCGCUACACCACGACCGAUAUACAAUCACCUUCACGUUGACUCCAGACGAAAGAAUCUGCACGACCCGCGAUUGACGACCUCUCGAACCCUCUGUGCCUAUUUUUAGGCUGUCUUUAAACCCGCGCAGGCUGCCAGGCCACGCACCCCUCUAGUAAACCACCCUCGUCUCUGCAAUGAGUUACUCUGCUUCACAAUCGAGCAUGUCUCAACUCAACACCGCGUUUGACCCUGACUACGAUUCCUUCCUCAAUAUCGAGAAUGACUUCACACCUGCAACAACCUCUCCAGACAUCAAGUCAGUCCCGAUGCUGACCCCUCAGUCAUCUAUCCCAGGCUCUGCAACUUUUGCUUCGAGCUCGACUCCUACCACAUUCCCGGGACCCAGCUUUCAGUACGACCGGUAUCACCAACAGACUGGCAUCCCUAUUGGCGCCCUCGCGAGCACUUUCAACAUCAACAAAGCGAAUGGUUUACAAUACCAUGAGGGAAAUGGAGGCUUCAUUAUGCCCACAGAGACAUUGAACAUGCCUUUGAGCGACUUGGACGAGUUUGACUUCUCCCGCAAUCCCGCUGAUAUGGAUUUCGAGACCGAGUCACCAAAUGGUCUUCCUACAAUGUUCUAUCCUGACGCACCAUCUGGUCCUGCUCAAUUCAUUAGCCCGACCACUCUCGUCACCCAUAACAACACCGCUUCAACUCCGAUUAAACGCAUCUAUCCCGGAAUGCACAGCCAGCAGGCUGCUCAGGCCAAGGCCCAACAGGCUCAAAAACAGGAACAAAUGGCCCGACAACAGCAACAUCGCCCCCAGAGCCAGAAAGCCCUUCCGGGUCCAGCACCCGCCAAGACGCAACCGGCCAAGGACCCGCUUGUUGAGGAAAGCAUCUCCAAGGUCUUGAAUCGGAUGAGGCAAGCGAGCGCUGCUUCAGUGUCUGAUGAUGACAAUUCCCCAGUGACUGGAAUGUCCAAUAUGCCUCGUAUCAAAAAGGAUGAAGAUGAUAUGGACGAGGACGAACGUCUCCUGGCCAGCGAGGAGGGGAAGAAGCUAUCCAGCAAGGAACGUCGCCAACUUAGGAACAAAGUGUCUGCCCGUGCAUUCCGUUCCAGAAGAAAAGAAUACAUUUCUCAACUGGAAGGAGAAGUCGCCGCCAAAGCCCAAGAGGCCAACGACUUGCGUGCCCAGAACCAGCAACUGCGAGAAGAGAACAACCGUCUCACCGACCUCACUCGGAUGUUGCUCUCAUCCCAGUCAUUCUCCGGAUUUUUGCAGGAGCUCAGCCAAUCUGGCUUGCCCCCGCCCAAUGUCCAGAGCAACCCUCACCAGCAAAAAGUCGCUCAAAACAAGCCUCAGCCUCAAUCUCAGCCUGUGAAGAAAGACAUUGGCUCAGAUGAGGCUGCUCACAAUAUGCAUCUCCAGCAGCAUCAAGUGGGGAUGGCCCUAAUUCCAGACACUCCAGUUGAUUUCUCUGCACUUCAACCGUCAAAUGGUUGGAUAAACACUCUCCCUACCAACGACUUCCAAGUCUACGCUGUCACCGAUCUGCCGGAACCCCCCGUUCUGGAUCUCGAAAGUUUAUCAGGAAAGCCCAAAUCGAGCCAGGGCUCAAGUAAAGGACCAAAAGACACACCCCGUCUUCCCGAACUCCCAACUCACUUGGCAACUUUCGCGGCAACGGUAACACCUGAAAUUGACGAAUCCGUACCUCUCGAUAGAGAGAACUUUGCGUUGUACUUUGAUCCACUCGUCUCUCCUUCCGAUGAAUUCUCUGCAGUCGAUCAUAUCGAGCAGGAUACAGAACUUUCUGAUGAAGAAAUGGUGGCUCACUUGAAAUCAUUGUGCUGCGACCUUGACGAAUCUUGUGACAAGCUCGAUCAGUACAUGUCCCAUAUGAGAUGAAAGUCUAUUUAUUUGGCAACGAAGGGAUCUAGGAGGGUGAUCACCAGGGCGACUCAAUAGGUUGACUGCGAGGCAGAGAGAUUUCUGAGGCAUUUCGGCUCCAUGUGUUGAUGCCGAUGUAUAGAGUUCUGAAAUCAUAUCUUCUUUACAACAUG